AUGGCUUUCAAAAAGACACAUGAACAAUGCAUGGAAGUGAGUACUUUGGAGGAAAACGUUUUGAGAUGUAUUAAAGAUGGUCAUCAUGUUGUUGUAAUAAUUCGUGGAGUUACAGGAAGUGGUAAAACUACUCUUGCACAGUGAGUCAUAACUAAUUAGAAAUAAGUCUAGAAAUUAGUAAUAACUUGUUUUUCAGAAAGUUGACCGAAGCUUCAGAGAAGUUCGAGAUUCUUUUUGACGAUAACGACAACCACGACAAAAUAUCGAAAGCUCUCAAAACCUCUUUGAAGAAAGAUAUGCCUUUAAUUGUGAUCGAUAAUGAAAAUCAGAAUUUUAUGAGAGUUAAACAAUAUGCUGAACAAGCAUCAAGACAUAGUUAUGAAGUUUAUUGUUUGGAACCAAGUACAACUUGGAAAUAUAUGGCUGAAGAAUGUGCAAAAAGAAGCAGUCGCGGAGAGAGUAUUGAAUCGAUCAGUGCAAAAAUUGAAGUUUUGACUAGUACCAGGAAAAUUACCGGAGAAACGCUUUUUUCGUCGAAUAUCAAGUUCGAGUAGGUUUCAAAUGAAUUUAUUACUAGUUUUUAAAAGCACGAAAAUAUUUUUGAUUUUCAGGAUUCAUAAUUACAACAAUUUGGAUGAUGAUGAUGAUGUUCCUGUUGUUUUUUCCCCUCAACCAAGUCUUUUGAAAAAAGAAACACCGGAAAAUUCAAUAUCUCCGGAAUGUCUCAGUCCAGUACCGAAAGGUUUCAUUUCACUUCGCGCGGAAAAAAGAGUUGUCGAAAAACGUGAUAGUAAUUGUCAAGUUUCGUAUAAAGAUUGUAAGUUUAUUGUAUUUUUUUUUCAAAGUAAAAUAAACCAUAUUCUAGUGGAAUUUCAUUUGGCUAAUGUUGAAUGCAAAAACGAUUCAAGAAUUGGAGAAGGCUAUUCAUUCAAUGAAAAUUAUCAGAGACCUCAAAUGGUCGAGAAAAAUCUGGAUACACCUGAAAUAAAAAUGUUGAAAUCGUUAGAAAAACCAAUGGAACAAGUCGAAUUGAGCAUGUUAUUUUCAAUGUUUUUGCCUCAUCGAAAUGUUGAGGAUAUUCAUCAUGAUUAUCAAAUGUAUGGAUUUGAGACAGCUGUGAAAUUGUCGUUGGAAGAAGGAUGGCCUAUUUCGGAUGAUGUGAUUCCAUAUGUAAGUGUAUCACAAUUUGUGAUACAGACAAUUGCAUUUUCAAAUUAUUUCAGGAGUUUGCCGAGUGGUACGAAAAUUAUGCAUAUUUGGCUGAUUCGAGUUCAUUUGUUGUUGAAAACAUUUUCAGAAAUGACUCAUCUUUCAUUGGAAAAUUGAGAAAACGAGUCGAACAGGAAGUUCUACCAGGAGAAUGUACGUUUUUAAAGGCAGAUUUUUUCCCACGGAAGUGUAUUUAUUCAGAUGCUGAUCCAGAUAUUUAUCCGCAUCUUGUUUUCAACCAGGAAAACAUUGAAUCAGAUGAAGCGAUUGCUCGACAACUUCAAGAAGAAGAAAAUUCGAUGUCAACAAAUGAUUCGUCUAAUAAAUUAACAAUGGCGCAAAAAGAGAAUCUUAAACUGUUGAAAAAGGCGUUCGCAAAUGUUUCCGAAAAUGAAGUUGAAUAUUAUUUCGAUGCUUUUCGAAAGACAUAUAAAGAUGCACAUCAAAAAUUAGCUGAAGAUUUUGGUGUAAACAAAAGUGCAAGAGAGGUGAGUAUUUUUUGUUUCCUUUUUUAAUAAACGUUUUAUUUCAGUUUGAAGCACGCAUUAAAAAAGAAAAUGCACCAUCAACAUCAACUUUAAUCAAAGCCUCUCAAGAAUGGACUCCAACUUCAAGUUCCAAUCCGAAUCCAAAUUUGAAAGAAGCGCAAAAAAGAGCACAAGAAGCUCGGAUCAAAUUGGACGUGAGAUUAAAAACAAGAAACAUUAUACAAAUUUUAAUUUUUUCAACAUUCAGAAUUCAAUGAGUAGAUCUCGACGUCAACCAUGUAAUUCAAUGCAAAAAUGCAUCGAGAGUUGUCGGGUUAGUUAAAAAAACCAAGGAUAGGCUCGGACUGAACAAAUAUUUUCAGAAGCUUUAUGAGAAUAGAGACAAUACUUCGAAAUUUGUUGGAAUCGAUCAAAUUAUUCGAGAUGGUCAUUCAUCGAUUUAUUAUCUUGAUUUGCAUUUUAUGACAUCAUAUGGAGCUGUUCAAUUUGUGAAAGAUAUGUUAUCACAAGCGAAACCCGGUUAGUUUAAAGUUAUAUACACAGAGAAAAAAAUUAUUUUAAAAAUAUAGACAAUCUUUAUUUGCAGGUCGAUGGAUUGAAAUUAUCACUGGAGCUGGAAAUAACUCACCAAAUCCUUCAAAUAACAUCAGAACCAAGGUACUCACCUACUUGAGAAAUAAUAAGGUAACAUUCACAAGAAUUAAUGAUGGGUGCUUCAAAGUCAAAAAAUAGUUAUGGUUCAUAUCUGACCAGUCUUUUGUUUUCAUAUUUUUAAUGCUAUACCAAACAAAAUUGUAUAUACAUAGAUGUAUCUUUCAUCUAGCAAAUUUUCUGGUCAGAUAUGAGGGCCAUGAAUUUUUGAUGUAGAUUUUGUAUCAUUACUCGGUUUCUCUUCACUUGCCUUUUUUUCACUGA